AUUUUCUUUUUUCGAAUAACACAAACGUCAAAAAAACGUCAACUUCCGGUUGAACGUCGAAUUAUUUUUUCGAUCUUUUUCCGUAAUUCUUCCCCAGCGGUUGAACGCAUUUUAAAGAGUUUCCUCAAAAUCUUCUAAAAUGUCGGACGUUGAAGUCGAAGCCCCAGUUGCGCCCGUCGAUGGCACCAUGGACGUCAACACCGCCCUGCAGGAAGUGCUGAAACGGUCCCUGAUCGUCGAUGGACUGGUGCACGGUAUCCAUGAAGCCUGCAAAAUUUUAGACAAGCGUCAAGCUGUCCUGUGCAUCCUGGCCGAAAGCUGCGAUGAGCCUCAGUACAAGAAACUGAUCACGGCUCUGUGCAACGAACACCAGAUCCCGCUGAUCCGGGUGGAUUCCAACAAGAAGCUCGGCGAAUGGUCCGGCUUGUGCAAGAUCGACAAAGAAGGCAAACCACGCAAGAUCAGCGGCGCUUCCUGUGUCGUGCUGAAGGCUUACGGUGAGGAAACCCCAGCCCAUGACGUCAUCAGGGAACACAUGAAACAGCUGCGACAGUCGAGUUAAAAAGCCAACGUUUAACACAACGCAUAAUGUGUGGUGAGGUGAAUCCGAAAAUAUGAAUACAAGUGGUGGAUAAAUUCUUUA